AUGAUAAUCUCCUCAUCUACUGUCGACUAUGAACACGAAAUAAAAUAUGAUGAUGUGGAUAAUGAGGAUGACGAGGAAGAUGAUGAGGAUGAUGAUGAGGAUGUUGAUGUGGCCAUGGCAGAUGAUGAUGAUGAUGAAGAUGAAGAUGAGGAGGAUGAGGAUGAUGAUGACGAGGAUGAUGAGGAUGAUGAUGACGAGGAUGAGGAUGAUGAUGACGAGGAUGAUGAUGACGAGGAUGAGGAUGAGGAUGAUGAUGAGGAUGUUGAUGUGGCCAUGGCAGAUGAUGAUGACGAUGAAGAUGAAGAUGAUGAUGAUGAAGAUGAAGAUGAGGAUGAUGAGGAUGAUGAUGAAGAUGAGGAUGAUGAGGAUGUUGAUGUGGCUAUGGAUGAUGAGGAUGAUGAUGACGAGGAUGAGGAUGACGAGGAAGAUGAUGAGGAUGUUGAUGUGGCUAUGGCAGAUGAUGAUGACGAUGACGACGACGAUGAUGAUGAUGAAGAUGAAGAUGAGGAUGAUGAGGAUGAUGAUGACGAGGAUGAGGAUGAUGAUGACGAGGAUGAGGAUGACGAGGAAGAUGAUAAGGAUGAUGAUGACGAGGAUGAGGAUGACGAGGAAGACGAUGAGGAUGAUGAUGAGGAUGUUGAUGUGGCUAUGGAUGAUGAGGAUGAUGAUGACGAGGAAGAUGAUGAGGAUGUUGAUGUGGCUAUGGCAGAUGAUGAUGACGAUGACGACGAUGAUGAUGAUGAUGAAGAUGAAGAUGAGGAUGAUGAGGAUGAUGAUGACGAGGAUGAGGAUGACGAGGAAGAUGAUGAGGAUGUUGAUGUGGCUAUGGCAGAUGAUGAUGACGAUGACGACGACGAUGAUGAUGAUGAAGAUGAAGAUGAGGAUGAUGAGGAUGAUGAUGACGAGGAUGAGGAUGAUGAUGACGAGGAUGAGGAUGACGAGGAAGAUGAUAAGGAUGAUGAUGACGAGGAUGAGGAUGACGAGGAAGACGAUGAGGAUGAUGAUGAGGAUGUUGAUGUGGCUAUGGAUGAUGAGGAUGAUGAUGACGAGGAUGAGGAUGACGAGGAAGAUGAUGAGGAUGUUGAUGUGGCUAUGGCAGAUGAUGAUGACGAUGACGACGACGAUGAUGAUGAUGAAGAUGAAGAUGAGGAUGAUGAGGAUGAUGAUGACGAGGAUGAGGAUGACGAGGAAGAUGAUGAGGAUGUUGAUGUGGCUAUGAAACGUGGAUAUAGAGCAACGGGAACAUUGAGAGAAAAUAGAUUAUCAAAGUGUCCCAUAAAAGAUAGAAAAUCUCUUGGUAAAGAAGCUCGAGGAUCAUACGAUUUUCGAUUCGAUGUAAACGGGGAAAUACUAUUUGUGAAAUGGAAUGACAAUAAAUGUGUAACUGUUGCAUCUAAUUUUGAUAAUGUAGAACCUCUCACGCAAGUCGGUAGAUGGGAUCGCAAGAUAAAAGGAAAACGUUUAAUUUCUAAACCACAAGUGUUGAAAAAUUAUAAUACUUAUAUGGCGUGGAUCAACAUGACUGGUUUGUCGGAAAGUAUGCCACUAAAAUCAGAGCUUAGAAGUGGUAUUGGCCAAUUUUCACAAGACUAA